UCCCUCAAUCAGUUGAUCAUUUCGUCUUACAAAUCUGAAGGAAGUGCUGCUAUAUAUAAAUACAAAUUUAUAUACACUUUCCCAGCAAAAUAUCCCGCCUUCAAUAAUUUGAUUACUACAUACUUACAUAUUUUCCGGUUCUGAAGAGUUCGCUAGCAAAUGGAGAAAUCACGGUUAAUCUCGUAGAGAAGAGAGUGAAAGAGAUCAAAACAUGUUAUUCGCCGGUUUGAUUCAGCGGAGACUUGUUGCUCUGCUACGGCCAUGGCUGAUGGACGAACCGCAGCUCGAAGUCAAGCUAGGGCUUCUUCGCUCUCACGGGGUUGCCAGAAACCUCAGCUUAAACACUUCCGCUUUGAACCAGUUACUAGAGGAUCCUUCUCGCAUGUGUUUCAAAGAAGUAAUCAUUGAACAGUUUGACGUUCAUGUAGCCAACUGGUCAGCCCCUGCGUUCACCUUCCAAAUUCACGGCCUUCACAUUACUCUAUCACUGUGUGAAAAGGAGGAGGGAGGUGUGGAACGCAGGCUAAAACCGAGAGACACGUCUAUUGAGCAGAAGGCAAAGCUUCUCGCAGAGCUUGAUCCGCAGGGAAGUUCUCUGCAUGCUGCCAUGGAAAGGAUUGCAGAAAUUACAGCACCAGAAUGGACAACUUCUCUGUUGGAUCACAUUUUUCAGCAUUGUCGGUUUAAUGUGCAUGAUGUUCAUGUGAUUUUGCAGCCUUCUCAUCCGGAUAAUUUGUUUUCCUUCUCAUUUCGGAUGGAGGAGCUUGGUGUGGGAUGUCAAUCUGUUCAGUGUUGUUUCCUCAAUGGGGUCAUCAGUUCACUUAUCUUUCCCUCUAGAGAGAGCUACUUUGAUCUUGAAAUUAAAAGUUUCGAGAUAAGAUUGAAGACAAAAGAUUGCAUGAGCAACAUUGUUCCUUCAACAAACCUACAUGCUUCUAUAAAAGUUAAAAAUCUUCUCUUUCUUGACUUUGAUUUUUCUGUCGAAGCAGUGAAAUUUUCCCUAUCUCCAUUUCAUGUUUCUACCAUACUUCUACUUUUUGUCUUCUUGUCCAAAGAAGCCAAGUGUGUCAGAAAUGGUAGGCAACUGUGGAAUAUAGCAGCGGACAAAAUUAGAUCCUUAACUUCAAUGCACAAGUUUUUAUUGCAUAAGUUUGUUUGCAUUAUCUGUAACUGGAUACAUUAUAUACAGACCUAUGAGAAUAUGCUUUUGUUGGUUGGGUAUCCAUCAGAUGAUGCAAUAAGAAGAUCAGUUGUUUUUAUGAUUGGGGACAAAGCACACUCAAGAGCUGUUAAGGAGCAGUGGAAGACAAUUUGCCAAAUUGAGGAAGAGCUACCCAGUGAGGCCAUUGCACUGGCAAGACGAAUAAUACGUAACAGAGUUACAUUAGGUGCCCAAAGGGUUAAAGAAUAUUGUCAUCAGUCAAAAUUGAAGACACUUUCCUUGAAAAUUUGUAGACCACUCCACUUUGUUUGGAAGUACAUUUGCCACUUAUUUCACUCAAUUAAAAGUCUUCUCUUUUUUCGAAACAUUGCCAGUAAGCAUUCAAAUUCCAACACAAAUCUGGGACAUGUUCCUGAUUGUUCUCUUCUACACCGCCACAUUGGCUUAGAUGUGGGAGAACUCUCAAUUUCAAUUUCCCCAGAAACUGAAGUUGACCCUUCUGUUAGUGGGAAUCUGCUCUCAGAUAUUGGGCUCUCAUACCAUGAGUUGCUUUUGUUUUCUCUUUCAAUUGAUGUAUUUUGCUUAAGAUAUUCUCAAAAUAUUACACAAAAAUGUUUUGCUUUUGGCUGUGAAACCUUGAAGGUUGUUCCAUUAUCUCUUAUGGAAGAUAGUUCUAGAAAUUCUACUAGGCACUUGAAAGGGUCUCAGAAAAAGAAGGUUCAUAACUUGUCACCUAUUUUAUGGGUUGAGCCUGCAGAAAUUAUCGACUCUGUGGAGAAUGCAGAUUAUCAUGCUAAUGACACUGGUGUCCGUUCUUUUUCUUUUCUAGACUUCAUUAUAGGAGAAAUGCUCUUGAAGUGGAGAAAAGGUUGCCCAAAAAAUGGAGCUAAUGAAAUCCAGGAUUCCAAAAAUCCAUUUCUCGUUUGUGAGAUUAAAAGUUUUUUGACCGAUCAAACCCAGAAGAAUCUUAUUUCUGGGUCUUUAAGUUGUGGUAUGGUGGCUGGAAGGUUGAACUUAGUUAUUGAACAUGCAUCAAUUGUAUCUGUUGCUGUAAUUUCCUCGCAGAUUAAGAAUGCCCUUUCAUGGACUGGUUGCAACAUGAGAACAGAUACCGUGUUGCAUGCUCCAACAUCUCUUGGUGACCCACCAUGUAUAGACUGGAGUAGUAAAUACAUAUCACUUUCAACUGGAAUGGCGGUGGCAGCACAAAGGUUGCUUCCACAGAAGCAUAUUCAAAUGGGAAUAAGAGUUGCUGGUCCUCACAUUCAAAUUUCAUUGGGAAAGCCGGGGCUUCAUGGUCAGAUAUCAAAUCUGUAUCAUGCGGUUAGAAACAAUAUGGUUCACCUUAGAAUUGAAGCAGCCAACAUAGAACUUGCUGUUUUGCCAAAUUUGGAAUCUGACUUCACUUUUCCAAGUGGAUCCAUCACAGUCACUGAUGCAAAAGCAAAGAGCCUUGCACUAAUGGAGCUUCAUCAGGUUGACAUUCCUAAGUCAAAUGAUGAAACAAUCAGCCCCCAAGGAUGUAUCUCAUUUGACGCUUACCUAAAAUUUAAUGGGUUGAAAGUUUAUCUUGAUGUAACAGAUAAUCCACGUCGCCAAAUUAUUGUGCUAACUCCUGUAACCUUCAGAUUGUUAGCCUCAAGGAAGGAUCUCCAUUCAUUGGGCUCAUCAGUUGUUGCUUGGUUUAUUUCUUUAAGUUGGAUGGUUAGUGGAUUGGCUGUUUUAUUAUUUUUGGAUGAAUUGGAUGCUUUUGUAAAGGUAGCAUAUGGUUUGUUUUGUGCAGCAUUACAUGUUUCCAAUUUGCCCAGUUUAGGUACUGGCCUAAGUUAUCAAGAGUUUUCAAGGCAAGAAAUGUCUCCAAAUCUUGGAAAUCAUGAAGUGUUGAUGACUAGAAUGACACAGGCAGGUCCUGUUUUUAUGAAAAGUCUUAUUAUUAUUCAGAACAUUUGUGAGCUGAAAUCAGUUGAAAUCAUCCUUCAUUACUCCAGGAAAGGACAUCGUACAGAGUCAGAUAGGAUGAAUGCUUACACGGUUAUCAACAAAAUGUUGGAUAGUGAAGCCUUGCUAGACUAUGGAAUUCACAUAUAUGUUAAGCAGUCUGAUAUCAUGUUUUCAUUUGAAACAGAAAAAAUGGAUCUUUCCAUCAAUUUAUCUGGGUUUCAAUCUGAUAUUCUUGGACAAACAAAGGAGAUUGCUGAAGUUUCUGAUCAAUUAGAAAUUAAAAAUCUUAUCCAGUCUUUGCAUUGCUUAUAUGGAGCAUCGUUUUCUCAGUGUACAUUUUCUUUGUGCUUGAAUGCCACGCCACACCCCAGUUUGAGAAAUGCAGCUGAUCUUUCUACAUCUGGUGGUGAAACUUCACAAAUGGCCGAAGAUUCCCCCUUGAUUGCAGAUACUGAUGAUUGUUUACACAUGACUAUUGUUCUUGACGAAGUUUAUUUAGCUGGAUCCCCAGUAAAAGAUUUAUUGGGUCAACGGCAUAAAGCAAACAAACUUGAAGGAUCUCUUUCUGUUGGUGGAAAACUUCAAAGAAUCUCUUGCCAGACUCAGGGAGGUUACAUUAUUAUCGAAACAACAGCACUUAUGAUGUUUAUUCAAUGCUUCUCUCUAUACCAUUGCAAGUUCAGAGAUCUUUGGCCUGCUGCAACAUCAUCCGGGGAACAACAUGAUGGAAAUAUGGAUGCUAUGAUAGAUCUACCAAAUCAAGAAUUGCAGUGCCAUCAAUUAGUUAAUUGGAACCAAUUGGAAGCAUUGAGUAUAAACAUUUCACAAAUUUCUCUUGCAUUGAUGGGCAGAGAUGAAUCUGGUAGGCUCCAGGAACUUCUGCUUGAGGCUACCAGUCACUUCAACCUUGAAGCACCAACAAAAAUUUCAUUUAGUAUUUCGAAAUUGUCAAUUCUUUCAUGUUCCUUUGAUGUGAACAUGAAAAAGAAAAUCAGAGAUACCAAUAUUCUCUCACUUUCUUCUGUAACACCAAAAGAUCCGUCUUCCAUAUAUUUACAUGGUGAUGUUUCAGUUUCUUCAAACUAUGUGAAUAAAGUUCACUCACUUGAUGAUGCAAGUAGCUCAAGCUCUCAUGUCCCUCAAAAGGAAUAUCUUGUUGAUGGUUCAGGAAAAUCUUGUAUGAAUAAUAUCGGAUCUCAAAACUUGCUUGCAUCUCCUCAAAAUUAUGUAUUGCGAAACCUAACUGCUUCAGUAGUAGCUGAGCGUCUUGCAAAGAGAAAUUGGGUUAGUUCGCAGCAGACGGACUAUUUUUGGGUUGGCAAUGGUUCUCUUUCAGGUUUUGAUAUGACUCUCUCUCUUCCCGAAAUACAGAUGAUACUUUUUGCUGGUGAAUCUAUAUCUGCGCUCUAUAGCAAUGAUACUAGUAAGGGUGUGGAACAAAGGCACUGGUCUAGUAGCCAGGAAUCUGCCGGAAGUAUGAAUCACAGUGUUCCUGAUGGAGCUAUUGUUGCUAUAGAAGAUGUGUGUCAACAUAUGUUUAUUGCAGUUGAUAGGGCUGAAAGUGGUUAUGCUUUGGUUGGUGAACUACAUUACACGCUUGCAGGCGAGAGGGCUCUCUUCAGGGUGAAGUAUCAUAAUUCAAGGAGGUGGAGGUCUCAAAUUCCUUAUUUCUCAUUGAUUUCAUUGUAUGCUAAGGAUGAAACUGGGGAAUCAUUGAGAUUAAGUUGCCGGCCAAGAUCUGAUUUUGUUGACAUUACCAACUCUGAUCAUGGUGCAUGUACACUUUGGAGUGCCAUCCCUUGCGAAUCAAAAGGUUUUGAGAGAGAUGCUGAAUAUGACCCUCCAGCUAAACAUACAUUUCAACUUGUGAACAAGAAAAAUGACCUUGCUGCUGCUUUUGUCAAUGGAGUCCUGGAAUUUGUCAUCAAGCCUGGAAACCCAUUUAAGUGGAAAGUAUUUCAUAAUCAUUUUCCAGCUGCUAAUAAUCUUUUGCCUAAUAGCUGUUUAGUAGAGGAAUCUCAAACAGGUAGCCAACGUGAUUUACAUUUAGAAGAGGGAGCAGAUUUAAGGAAAAAUGGGAACACUUUGGGUAUAACUAUUACAACAGACAAUAUUUCAUGGACCAUUGUGCAUGAACUUUCAGAUACCAAGGAAAAGUUCCCACUCCUCCAGGGAUCUAUUGGUGCUACUGAAAUUGUGGUUCAGGUGUCAAACAUUAAAAUUCGGGUUAUAAGCAGGUUACAAGCUCUCCUGUAUUUCUUUGAUGCCAAGAAAAACUUAUGGAGAGAACUUAUGCAUCCACUUGAGGUUUUCCUUUUCUAUCGUUAUAGACUCCUCUCCAAGGACUUGGAACAUGUUUCGUAUCAGGUGCCUGGUCAUUUCUAUGCGAGAAUUGGAGAGUUCAAUUUAUCAAUAAGUGAGCUUUCACUAGAUAUCGCACUCUUUGUCAUUGGACAGUUAAACUUGGCUGGGCCUUAUGCAGUGAGAAGCUCCAGCAUUUUGGCCAACUGCUGCAAGAUUGAAAACAAGUCAAGCUUGACCCUUGUCUGUAAUUUCUAUGAUAAUCAAGAGGUUUCAGUUGCUGGAAGACAGUCUAAUAUCAUAUUCUUAAGGCAUUUGGCUUUAACAAAUCAACCCUCAGAUGCAUCCUUCUUUUCAAUCCAACUUACAGAGAAGAGGACCCUUUCUACUUCUUUAAUUCAUCUGUCACUCUUGGAAGCCCAAGCGUUUGCUUGCAGAACACGUAUAGAAUCAUUGCAAGAAUCAAAAACUUUCCCUGGUCCAUUUCUUGUAGUUGAAAUUUCACCUAUAACUGAGGAUGGCUUCUCCGUUCGGGUUGCUCCAUUGCUUCAAGUACACAAUGAGACUGAUUUCCAUAUGGAGCUUCGUUUUCAACGUGGUCAACAAAAGGAAACUGAGUAUGCUUCUGUCGUUUUGAAGGCUGGGGAUACAAUUGAUGACUCUAUGGCAACUUUUGGUGCCACUAGUCUCUCUGGUGAACAAAGAAAGGCAUUAAUGUCCGUGAGUGUUGGUAAUUUCUUAUUAUCUUUUAGACCGAGCAUCAUUGAUGAGAUAACCAACAGUAAAAUUUUGUCAGUGCACUGGUCAAGUGAUCUCAAAGGGAGGAAGCCUGUCCAUCUAUCUGGGAUAUUUGAUAAAUUAACUUACCAAGUCCGGAAGGCAUUUUCUGUUGAUUCACUGAAACACUCCUUUGAUACUGCCUAUUGUGAUAUAAAGUUGGAAGAUGGACGAACUGCUAAGAUCCACUUCUUGAUUCACAGCAUUGGGAAGGAUGUACCUCUUGCACACCCAGAUACCUUUGGAUAUGUACAUGUAGAUAAGAGUUCUUCAAUUUCAUUGCAAGAGCAGAAAGAAAUAUUUCUUCUUCCUACUGUUUGUGUCUCCAAUUUAUUACAUACAGAGAUUCAUGUGACUUUGAAUGAGACAGAUCCUCAUUCUACUGUGGACAGUGACUGUAUAUGGAAUAAGGCAACUAUCCCUUCUGGGUCCUGUGUUAAAUUAUAUGCUGACCCUGCAUUUAAAUAUUUUAAUGUCACUUUAACUGCUUUUGGUUCAAGUUGUAAGCCAGUGGAUAGUUCUGAUUGGGCUAAAAGGUUACAGAAACAGAAAAGUAGUAUCCGACAUUUAGACAUUGAAUUGGACUUUUGUAGUGGAAAGUAUUUUGCAUUGCUAAGGUUGUCUCGAGGACACAGGGGAAUAUUAGAGGCUACCAUCUUUACCUCAUAUACUCUGGAGAAUGAUACAGCUUUUCCUUUGUUCUGCUUUCCAGUAAAUCAGAAGCCUAUGUCUAGGGAUGUUAUCCAAAAGCUUGGUUACGAAGUUUCUCCAGAACUUGGAUCGUAUCUUUCUCCUAAAUCAACUAGAUCCUGGUUCAUGAAAUGCCACAAGGUGCGUCUUACAUUGACAGAUGAAAAUGCAUCUCAUGGACUAUUGGAUUUGGAUGCUCUAUCAGGCCUUACAGAGGUGGACAUUGAACUAGAGGGAAAAUCUGGUUUUAAGCAUAUAACAAAGUUGGGAGUUUCUUUAAGGCCAUAUAUUAGUCAAGAAGUCCCAGCUCAAAUGAUAUCCAUAAACCCACGGUAUGUUGUGGUGAACGAAUCAAAGGAAGUUAUCUAUGUCCGUCAGUGUUAUUUGGAGGAGGAUGGCACAGAAACAAUCAUUACUCUCAACAGUAAAGAGAGAAUAGCCUUAACAUUGAGAAAGGGGAUGCAGAAGAAGAGGGAGACUACUGUUUUUGAGAAUUUUCUCAUAAAACACCAAAAAUCUCAAGAAGAUUUGUUAUUUAUUCAGUUUCGACUGAAUGAGUCUGGAUUGAGUUGGUCAGGACCAGUAUGUAUUGCUUCACUGGGUCGGUUUUUCCUUAAAUUCAGAAGAUCCUCAGAAUUUCAUUCUAGUAAAUCAGAUCAAGCAACAUUUUGUAACUCCAAUAAACAUGAAUUCGCUUCUGUCUAUGUGGUUGAAGAAGGUUCUAGCCUUGUUUUACACUUUUACCAGCCUCCAAACAUAGACCUGCCUUAUCGGAUUGAGAACUGCUUGCAUGAUACUGCUGUCACAUAUUAUCAAAAGGAUUCACUAGAGCCAGAGGUUUUGGGAUCUGGAAGUAGCAUUAAUUAUGUUUGGGAUGACUUGACUCUUCCUCACAAGCUAAUUGUCCAAAUUGGUGAUGUGCACCUAUUGCGUGAAAUAAGCUUGGAUAAGGUGCGUGAAUGGAAAAAAUUUUACAGGAUCAAGCAACAGAGAGGGUUAGGGUUCCAUUUACCAAUAGAGAAUCAGCCUGAAAAUAAAAAAAGCAGCUAUGGAAAAUCCAGUGGCACGGAAAUGGUAAAAUUAGGUUAUGAAGUAUAUACGGAUGGCUUGACUCGAGUUUUGAGAAUUUGUCAGUUUGCUGAUAGACGCAAAGGGGAUACUUCAUUCCAUUCUAAAACAAAGAUGCAGCUAAUCAUAUCAUCUUUGGCAAUUCAAUUACUUGAGUGUGCAAAACAGGAGAUAAGUGAUGUUGACUUGGGUGAACCAUCAAUCUACACCCCUAUUCUUGUUGCAAGGCUUGAAAGCAUCAGUUUGUACUCUGUGUUUACUGACAAGCAUAAGUUAAAUCAGCUCAGUAUACAGGCACUAAGUGUGGAUCAGAAGUGGGCUGGAGCUCCUUUUGCAGCAAUGCUUCGUAGGAAUCAGCUAGAAGAUUGCAGCAAAAGUGACAGUGUACUACGAAUGGAACUUGUUCUAGUUUCAUCCAAUUCCAAAGUUAAACAAGUCAAGUACUUAUCCAUUGUUCUGCAGCCACUUGAUUUCAAACUUGAUGAGGAGACAUUAAUGAAAAUUGUCCCUUUCUGGAGAUCAUCCCUUAGUGAUUCAAAUGCUCCAAGUCAACAGUAUUACUUUGAUCACUUUGAGAUCCACCCUAUAAAGAUUGUUGCUAGUUUUCUUCCAGGCGAAGCUUAUGCUAGCUACAGCUCUACCCAGGAGACACUGAGGACCUUAAUUCAUAGUGUGAUUAAGAUGCCAGUUGUUAAGAAUAUGACUGUAGAACUGAACGGAGUGCUGGUUACACAUGUACUGUUAACAUUGCGUGAAUUGUCAAUUAAAUGUGCACAACAUUAUUCUUGGUAUGCCAUGAGGGCAAUCUAUAUUGCAAAGGGAAGCCCAUUGCUUCCACCAGCUUUUGCUUCUAUCUUUGAUGACUUCGCUUCUUCCUCACUUGAUGUCUUUUUUGAUCCUUCAAGUGGCUUUGUCAAUUUUCCUGGGCUUACUAUAGGUACAUUCAAACUCAUCAGUAAGUUUACUCAUGGUAAAGGGUUUUCUGGAACAAAACGUUAUUUUGGUGAUCUAGGGAAAACUUUUAAAUCAGCGGGGUCAAAUAUCCUAUUUGCUGCUGUCACUGAAAUAUCAGACUCGGUUCUGAAAGGGGCAGAAGCAAGUGGAUUUAAUGGAAUGGUCACUGGUUUUCACCAAGGAAUACUUAAAUUGGCAAUGGAACCUUCAUUAUUGGGCACUGCUUUUAUGGAAGGGGGUCCUGAUCGAAAAAUUAAACUCGAUCGAAGUCCUGGGGUUGAUGAGCUAUACAUUGAAGGUUAUCUGCAAGCCAUGUUAGACACAAUAUACAAACAAGAAUAUCUGAGAGUGAGAGUCAUUGAAAACCAGGUCAUCCUCAAGAACCUGCCUCCAAAUAGUUCUCUUAUAGAUGAAAUUAUGGAGCGUGUAAAGGGGUUUCUUGUGAGCAAGGCAUUGUUGAAGGGAGGUCCUUCAGAACCUUCUCAUCCUCUACGUCAUAUAAGAGGGGAAAGCGAAUGGAGAAUUGGACCAACAGUGCUGACUCUGUGUGAACAUCUUUUCGUGAGUUUUGCAAUCCGGACACUGCGGAAACAGGCUAAUAAGGUCAUGGCUAAUGUGAAGUGGAAGGGAAAACCGGAGACGGAGGACCAGACAGCAGCUAUUGUCACUGCAUCUGGUAGCAAGGAGAGCGAGGGAGGAGGGUUCAUAUGGAGAUGGGGCAUUGGGAAUUUUGUGAUUUCAGGAAUAGUUGCAUAUAUUGAUGGGCGCUUGUGUCGACGGAUACCAAACCCCAUAGCAAGAAGGAUUGUAAGUGGAUUUCUACUAAGCUUUCUUGACAAAAAUGAAAAGGAAUGAAGCUCUUUGUAGUUAGCCAUGUGUACCAAAAAAGUAAAUAAAAAUAAUUUGCUUCUA